AUGCAGGUCGCCUCUCAUGCUUCCAUGACCCGAACACAUACCGCGCCCCAGGCUCUCUACAACAAAAUGCCUUCCGCAACUUCCCCUCUGGUGCAGUCCCAGAACCACACAAACUCAUCGCACUCGAUCCAAUCGGUCCUCUCCAGGAACUCGGACACAACUCAAGGCACAUCCACAUCAACUCUGUUCCCUAUGCCGCCGACGCCGUCCCUCUCCCCCGCUCCUUCUGCCAUCCAAGGAAACGUCGAGCCGUCCGGAAAUGUCAUGAACAAGGUCGCCGACAAGGAUGCCUCGCUGUUCCAGAUGUGCAUCACCUUACGCCAACGCCUCUUGGCCGUUCCCGGCUUCGACGACUACUUUGCAGAAACAGAGCAACAAAACACUGACGAUCUCGAUGUUGUCCAACUGAUCUGGAAAACUUUCCAACUUGGCCAUCCCCUUGUCUCUCUAUAUAACAUCCUCCGACCAGACCAACCCGUUGAGAUCGACGUCUCGAAGAUCAGCGCUGCCAAACAGGGAAAGGCCCUCACUUCAAGUUUCCUGCGCGGUUGCAUCAACGGUCUCAAUUUCUCAGUGGAGGACUGUUUUAUUCUCUACGAUCUCUACCAAGACGACAUUGGUGGAUUUGUCAAGGUCGUAAGAAUGGUUUCAAGGUUGCUUGACAUCAUGGUGCAACAAGGAAUCAUUGAAGACCUACGCCCGGAUCAGAUCGCCGCUCAUUCAGGUAAACGCAGUCAGCGCCAGCACAUAGUAGAAGAACUGGUCACCACUGAAAGAACCUAUGUCCAACAUCUCGAACUCCUUCAAGCUUUCAAACAACUCUGCGAGAGCAAGGGUGUUGUUUCUGGCGACGUGAGCCAUCAGAUCUUUCACAAUCUCGAUGCUCUACUCAACUUCCAACGCCGCUUUCUCAUCAAGGUCGAGCAAACGAACGCCAUAGCAGAAGACGAACAGAACUGGGGAAAGAUCUUCAUUCAAGCCAAUGAAGGCUUCAUGGUGUACGAACCCUACAUCGCCAACCAGAAGCUGUGUGAAGAGGUUGUCAUGAGAGAGUUUGCUAAGCUCAAGGAAGCCGGUGGUCCAAUCGACAUGCGCCAGCUUGUCGAAUCUCCUCCCACCCUCUAUGGCUUCCUGAUGAAGCCUUUUCAAAGAUUGUCAAAGUACCCUCUGUUGCUGGAUUCCUUGUAUCAAAAGGGCGAGUACAGUGAGGACAUUAAAGCUGAUCUUUUCAAGGGCAAGGAAUGCGCCACCACCGUCCUAACUCGCACAAACACAGCCAUCGAGAACGAGGACAAGCUCGAAGCCUUGGAAGAUCUCAAGAGUCGUGUUGAAGAUUGGAAGGGUCAUCGCGUUACUGGCUUCGGUGGCCUUCUCCUCUUCGGCAGUUACACUGUUGUGAAGAGCGACAGCGCACCAGGAAAAGACCAAGAACGGGAGUACCACGUUUACUUCUUCGAAUCGAUUCUUCUCUGUUGCAAGGAUAUCGACCGCAACAAACCAAAGAACAAGAUGUCUACGCGUUCAAUGGUCGACAAGAAGGGCAGACCGAAGAUGCAGCUCAAGGGUAGAAUCUUCAUGCAGAAUGUGACAGAUGUGGUCAAGGCAUCAAAGCCCGGCUCCUACACUUGCCAGAUCUUCUGGAAGGGCGAUCCGGGUAUCGAAAACUUUGUCGUCCGCUUCCCUACCGAGGAUACCAUGGGUAAGUGGUACGCGAAGCUGCUGGAGCAAAAGGCUGUUUGCAACGAUCUUGCAAGACGUAGCGACAGUACCACAGCCUCUCACAGGCCAUCUGGAGGAACCUCGACCACCGACUUCACCUACAUUCAGCAGAACCAGGAAGAUCUGGUAAACCCUUACAAGGAGGCCGAUGAUGAUGAUGAAGAAGGCACAGUCGUUCCUCAAUCGCCCUUCCCUGCGUAUGCUCCACAUUCUUCGUUCGAGUCGUCUACAAUGAGUAGCAGAAAUGCAUCAACCACAAGUCUUCGCUCAAGAUCCACCACUGGUGAGAGCGGUCCUCCGAUGAGUCUAGGAGGUCGCAUGCCUCCGCCUCGACUCCCAGUGAACUCGAGCGGCAAUCAUCCUUCAUUGAGCCUGAGGACUCAACAGUUGCCCUAUGCACAAUCGCCCUCGAUGGAACACGACUCGUACUUUUCGCCAGUCGAGACACCUUUGCCUUCACAGAGAACCAGUGGCUCAUCAGGCAUGUCCUACUUCCCGAACCAGUUCCAAGACAACCAAGCCCGCUACACCGCACCAGCCAUGACCCGCACUGCUUCACGUGAGAACAGUGUGGCUUCGACAAGCUAUGCGGCCAGCCAGCGUACGUCUGGACCUAGACCUAGCUUGGUCGGCAUGCACAGCUCUCAACAGGUUCCACCCUCGAGAAAUCGAUCUGCGAGCAGCCCAGACAUCAACCAAAUCCAGCGCAGAGCUGCGGCUGGAUCGAGACCGCCAGUACCUGACGUGCCCGUGCCGCCUUUCCCUGCUCAGUAUUCUGUAAGCAGUUCCGUUCCCAGGAGUCAAAGCAACUCUCCCAGUCUGGCCCAUCCUCCUGUGCAAUCACCGCACCAGCGCGAAAGGUCUUCAACUCGCUCAAACGCAGACGUACCUUACCCUUAUGAUGGCCCACCUGCUCUGAGAGUCAAUCCUGGAUUGACAUACGUCAACACUCGUACCAACUCAUCUACUCCAGGACCCUACGGCGGCUACGACUCUCCUAUAUCACCUCCUCUGUCAUCUACAUCAGACUCUGGCUUGCCACCUACACAACUGAAGAUCAAGGUGCACGCUAGCAGCACUGUCUUGACGCUGGUUGUGCCUUUGAACAUCACAUACCAUUCUCUUAGAGACCGCAUUGAUGCCAAGCUGUCGCGCAGCACCAACAUCAGCCUGAGUGAUCGCACGCCAAACCAGGUCAAGCUCAAGUACCUCGACGAGGAUGACUAUGUCAGCAUUCAGAGUGAUGACGAUGUGCAGUCAGCUUUCGAAACCUGGCGUGAACAGCGCGGCGAAACCGUCGGCGGCAUGGGAGAGAUCGAGCUCUUCUGCCAAUGA